AUGAUUGAGAGGUAUGCGGAUCGACAGCCUAUCACCUUCCUGCUACCUCCAGACGCCGCGUUCAAUGCUCUCCCGGCUAACAUCUGCAGCCAACUAGCGGGCGUGAAGCUAGUGAAGCUGAUUCAGUUCCACUUGCUUCUGGAGAAGUGGGCGUUUGCCUUCUUCAGCGAGCCAACUUUAAAUCCUAGGCUCCGCUCACUCCUAGUUCAGUCGCCUUCCCUGAUCGCGUCUGCUUCCCUCGCAGCAGCAGCAGGUGCAUUGUCUCUUUCCUUGCUAGGCCUUUCCUCGCCACAGUCAGCUGCAGCAGCGACAGCUGACGUCAUCGCCGCAUCCGCUGCCGUCCCAGCUGACGUCAGCAGCAUUUUGGAUCUCGCCGACUUCCAGGCCGGAUUCGCUUCGGCAGUGCUGGCCACGAGGCGUCCCAAUUUGGAGGUCUUCGCAGGCACCUUUGGCGCCCUCGCUGUGCUCGGCACGCUUCUAAACCGCACUCCACUCUUCUCCACUGCUCGCAUUCCCCCAUCCCACCAGGCGGAGAAGGCAGUAGCAGGGCUGAACGCAGCAGAGGGCACAGAGGGCGGCAUCUCCCUGGCAGUGCUGGCGUCGGUGUUUGCGCUGGUGUUCACACCCGAGUGGGGUGACAAGUCCUUCUUCUCAACCAUUGUCCACCAUACAUUCCACACCAUGCUUCCCUCCCCAACAAUCUCCUUCCUUCCAUGCCUCGCCAACUUCCCCUCCCUGCCUCUCCUCCUAACCUUCCCCUACCUCUUCCCAUGCCCCACCCAUCCUCCUGCCCUGCCCCUCUCUACCACCCAUCGUCCCAUGCCUCACUGUACCACCCCAUGCCUCACUGUACCACCCCAUGCCUCACUGUACCACCCCUGCCUCACUGUACCACCCCUGCCUCACAGUACCACCCCUGCCUCUCUCCAUAUCCGUUCCUACCCCUUCCCAUUCUUCACCCUGAAUCCCACCAUGCCCAACUCUACUGCCCCUUAUCCCCUGCCGCACUCUACCACCUCGAACCUCUCCUCAUACCCUUCCCUACCCCUUCGCUUGCCCCUCCUUGCCUCUCUCCCCCCAUCAGCCCUGGCGGCAGCAUCAUCCCCAGCGGGAGUGGUCACAGGAGCCGGACCACCCACCCACCCCAUUCCUACCUCCCUGCCUCUCCUCAUCCAACUCUCCCCUGCCGCACCCUGCCUCUCCCUGCAUCCCACCCCCAUCAGCCCUGGCGGCAGCAUCAUCCCCAGCGGGAGUGGUCACAGGAGCCGUGGCGGCUCAUGGGGUGGCGACAGUGCCUACGUGGGAGGCACUCGCUUCCUGGUCUUUGCAGCAGCAACGCUGGCUGAAAUCAUUGCCAACACCGCUGCUGCUUGCAGGUGGGCAAGGGAAGGUGUAGGGGAUAGGUGA